AUGCCUCUCAAUUCCCUCCUCGGCCAAGCCGGGCUGAAGCUCGGGCCCCUGGUUCUUGAAACACUCGUUAAACAUUACCUCGAACGCGUACUGAAAGAGCGCGGGGAUGGGGUGACCAAGUUGAGCCAGGAUGAGUUACUGUACGAUGAGGCCUUCCAUAUUGUCAAGACAUUUAUGGAAGCGGCAGUCAAACACACUGUAGAAGAGCUGCAAGAAUUUUCAAAUACUCGCACUCCAACGCCACCAUGGACGCACAUUGUACGAUUGACCGUCCCUAUGACCUGUUGCGAUGACGCGGCCACGUAUCUCAUACAAGCUCUGGGUGGGGAGGAGGUUACGAAGCGGAUUGUCGGUGGUACUAAAUGGUGGCAGGUUCGCGGGAUUCGCGGCAUCGACGCAGAAUGGUUAACGGCCAAGAAGGAUUGGGCAGAAGCUAAACGACGGCGCAAGGCGCAGCAAAAGGAGAAAGGCAAAGCUAAAGAUGCGCAUAAAGCGGCUACGAGCGACGAUCUCGGACAAGAGAUGCCUGCGGUGUAUGAUCCCGAGAUGGAUAAGAUGCGAUGCAUCUUGUAUGCUCACGGUGGUGGAUACUACUUUGGUAGUAUUGACCAGGAAAGGUACAGUCUUGAGCGCUACGCCAGGAAGAUUAAUGGUCGUGUGUUCGCAAUAAAUUAUCGACUUGCCCCCCAGUACCCCUUCCCUUGCGCGCUACAAGAUUUUCUCGCCGCUUAUUUGUACCUCAUCCGGCCGCCUGAAGGCGCCUCGCAUUGUCCUGUCAACCCUGCACAUAUUGUUGUGGCCGGAGAUUCUGCAGGAGGAGGCCUGUCGGUAUCUCUCUUACAGGUCAUCCGUGAUUCGGGUUUGCCGAUGCCAGCAGGCGCUGUACUCAUAUCACCAUGGUGUGACAUGACACAUUCAUUCCCCAGUAUACAUACUAAUACGGCCACCGACGUUCUGCCGCCAUAUGGACUGUCAUUUCACAAGCCCAGCACGCUCUGGCCACCUCCACCAGACGAGCUCACAUCCAAGAUGCAGGAUAGCAUCCGCAGUCGUGUCCGCGAGGUUGUACACAUGGGUAGCAGGCCUACAAGUCCAGACGCAGCCGAUCGCUCCGUGCAAGACCAGGGACCAGGAUGCACCGAUCACCAGUUCCUCGAUGCACAUAGCGGGGAGACGUUGCAUCUAGGAUCUACGGCGUCACUGCCGGACUCGUCUACGUCCGUACGGAACCAGGCCAUCUGCCUUCAGACACAAUCCGGGGAAGUUCUGACGAUAGACAGCCAACUACAGAUGUACACGCCAAAUUACUUGCUGACACAUCCUCUUGUCAGUUCUGCGCUUUCGUAUUUGGGUGGCCUUCCCCCACUGUUAGUCAUUGUGAGCGAAAAGGAAGUCCUCAGAGACGAGAUCAUAUAUCUCGCUCACAAAGCUGCCUAUCCGGAUAAAUAUCGCGUCAAAGAGGAAACACGUAAAAUGUAUCCUGCUCUAGACGGAAUAGAACAGCGGUUUGGUCCUACGAAGGUGCAUCUGCAGGUAUAUGACGAUGCGGCUCAUACGCUCCCCACUCUAUUCGCGUUCACGACUCCGGCCAAGUAUUGCUAUCGCGCUAUCGCGACUUUCUGCAAGUAUACGACGGGCAUGCUCCCUACGCCGUCUUCGAUCAUUUCAGAUGACGUUCCUAUCACCACUUCGCCUGUCGAGAGCCCGUCUCGCACCCCAGAUUACCCAUUGUUUCCUCAGGGCCACUCGAUUAGUUCCUCAUCUCUGAUGCCAACUAGUCAGUCCUCGUCGUCUAGCAUCAGCGAUAUCAGUCCGCGCUUGCGUGCGCCGAGGAGCGCGAUCAUCGAGCGUGAAGCUGGUCCGUCCUCGAAAGGCAAUCUGAGAAGAGUAGUAAGUGCAAAGAUUCAUCGGGCAAGCGUUUUGUUCCAGUGGGGAAACGGGCAGUCUUCAGGGGUUGCCGCGGGGGAAUCAUCCCAAUCAAGCGAUGUCGCUGGGCCCCGUUUCUCCACCCUGUCAAGGCGAGAGAGGGGUCGUACUGCGGGAGAGCCAUCUGUCUACGAUAACGGGCUGGAUAUCAUGAUUCGGGAAAGGAUCUCGACAGAUGGGACUAUCCGUGCCCUCGAAGCUGAGGAGGAACUUCCCGCACUUGCGUUCCCCGCCGAGCUUAUUGGAGUAAUGUCUGAGCUGGUUGCGCGCAGGUACUUUGACGGGCGAGCCAAGUUCGCGAAGAAGUUCGCGAAAGUGGAAAAAUACAUUGAGGAGAAGCGUCAGCGGAACUUGGUACGCGCGCAGAGCGACACGAUGCGGAACAUGGCACAUCUGCAGACGUUUCUGAGUCGAGAUGAGAAAGCCGUCCACAGACCGAGCGGCCAAUCCCAGCCGCCGCGAGGCAUCCAGGAGGGACUAAUGGCCACAGGCAGCUGGCCGUGGGCGUGGGCGCUCGAUGUGGGCGAGGAACCACCUCCGAGCAGUAUUGUCGCGCGCAGAGAUACGGGGGAGGCGCGGCGAUUGGCGAGGAUUGCAGAUCAGGCGUUCCUCGCGGACGAGCACGUGAUCAGCGGUAAUAAUCUCUGGUCAGUCUUGGUAGAAUUCCUGACGAAGACUCCGGACAAGCACAACCACGGACAUAAGGACAAGGACAAGGACAGCGACCCACAAGGUCAGGUAGAUAACAACGAUGAUCUCAUGGCCGAAUCGAAACAGGAGCGGCGAGGAUCGAAGUUCACGCGAUUUCUGUCAGAGCGUAGAAAGGGUCGCGGUAGAGAUCACUCUGAACAUGCCAAGGAGUGA